AGGCUCCACCUUCCAACAUACAAGAUGGAACCUCGUCACGGGAUCAUGAAAGCUUUCCCCAAAGUUAAAAGAGUCAGAGUGCUGCAAGGAAAGGAUGACCCCCCUUUAAAGAAGAGACCUCUUGAAUGUGAUAUCACAGGAAACACUUUUAACGGUGUCACAGUCUACAUCCUGCCUGCUGGAAUAGGAAAUGCCAGAUGUCAGAUAUUCCAAAGACAAAUUCAGCAGAAUGGAGGACAGACAGCGAGUUCACUGUGUCCCAAUGUCACUCAUGUUGUUGUGGAUGACAACAUGGACAGUGGCAGGGCUCUGCGCUUACUGAAGGUGGACUGCAUGCCCUCUGGAGUCCAACUGGUGAAAUGCACUUGGUUGAGCUUGUGCAUCAGUGAGAAACAAUUGCUGGAUGUAACCAACUACAGCCUCCUAUUACCCAAGAGGGACUCUGAAACACAACAUGAAAAUGUUAAAGAAGACUUGCUGAAUGAUGAACCUGCUGCAGAAUCUUUUGUAGAGCCAGUGUCUGAUCAAAUGAAGCAAGAGGAGACCAUAGACAUGUUUUCUCACUCACAGACAGCUCCAGAAAACAAAGAGGAAGUGCGAGGAGAAGAAGACAACGUCUCUCAAAGUGACCUGGAAGCUCUCAUCACUGGCCAGCACCCAAAGGAGGAGACUCCUGGCCCCAGCCUCGAGCCUGGUCCAAACUCUACUGCUCAGAAGCCGCUCUCAGGGAAGUGGGUCUGCGCCCAGUCUUCUCAGUCCAAAACUAAUAACUUCAACAAGCACAUCACAGACAAACUAGACGUUUUGGCCAAGGCCUACACACACCAGGGAGACAAGUGGAGGGCACUGGGCUACUCCAAAGCUAUAAACGCACUGAAGAGCUACCACAAGCCUGUUACAUCAUAUCAGGAGGCUUGUCUGAUCCCAGGAAUUGGCAAACGCAUGGCUGACAAAAUUGAUGAAAUCAUGGAAAGUGGUCACCUGCGGAAGAUAGAUCACAUUGGAGAAGCUGUGCCAGUACUUGAGCUUUUUACUAACAUCUGGGGCGCAGGAGCUAAAACUGCACAGCUGUGGUAUCAACAGGGAUUUCGCACUUUGGAGGACAUCCGCACGAAAGCCCAUCUGAGCAACACUCAGAAAAUAGGACUCAAGCACUACGACGACUUUCUAGACAGAAUGCCCCGAGAAGAAGCAGCAGCCAUCGAGAAAGUGGUGAGGGACGCUGCCCUGGCUGUAGACCCGGGCCUGGUUGCAAUGGCAUGUGGCUCCUACCGGAGGGGAAAAGCCACAUGUGGAGAUGUUGAUGUACUUAUAUCUCACCCUGAUGGAAAGUCCCACAAGGGCGUUUUCAGCAAGGUGUUGCAGAGCCUCCAUGACAGUGGGUUCCUGACGGAUGACCUGGUGAGCCAUGAGGAGAAUGGAGAUCAGAAGAAAUACAUGGGUGUGUGCUGUUUGCCAGGACCAGGCCACCGCCAUCGCAGGCUGGACGUCAUCGUGGUGCCUUACAACGAGUAUGCCUGUGCCCUCAUGUAUUUUACCGGGUCGGCGCACUUCAACCGCUCAUUGAGAGCCUUGGCAAAGACAAAGUGCAUGAGUUUAUCUGAGCACUCGCUUAACAAAGGUGUGGUGCGUCAAGGUAGCUUGAAGACGUAUAAUGGCACUCCACUUCCUACACCUACAGAGAAGGAGGUUUUUAGUCUUUUAGGCAUACCAUACAGGGAGCCCCUUGAAAGGGACUGGUGAUAAUUUUCCAAUCACCAUCACAAUGUAUUUUAUGGUUUAUGUAAAAAUAAUCAUGAAAUUAAUGAAUGAUGACAGUGGAAACUUCAAAAAUGUGCAAACAGCCAUCUUUAAGGAUGUUUUACAGCUUGACACACCUGUUUGACUUGAAUGUAAUUUUUACUGUACAGAUUAAAUAAGGGGGUUCUCCCAAAUCACAA